ACAGCUGGUUGAAACAGAAAUACGGGAAAAGCCGAGGAGUUGAGUGGAAUUAGAUUUGGAGCCGUGAAUCUGAGAGCCGAAGAGAGGCGCAAUGGACGCAAUGUGACAACGGAUGACGUAUGUGUCUGCCUUCGAUCCACGCAAAUCCACGUAUAAAGGAUCAUCCUUCUCCCAUAAUACUUCAUCAUACACACAUCCUUUCUCCUCAAUCGUCUACACAGUUACUUUGUUAUUCAAAAAUGUACACAGUUGUUGUUACAAAUAUCUCCCCAGAGGUCACUAAGGCCCAGCUGGAGAACUUUUUCUCGUUCUGCGGCAAGAUCGACACCACUGAUAUCACCGAUGCUGUCGACAACACCACCGGUGCAAAGACGCAGACCGCCACCGUGCGAUUCGCCGAAGAGGAGGCAGCCAAGACUGCGCUGCUGCUGACAGACACGCAGCUUGGAUCGACAAAGGUCGUGAUCGAGAAGGGCGAGGGCCUGUCGGGCGAGGGAUCUGCUGCGGCCACCUCUGCCGCUGGAUCAGAUUCGGAUGAUGUUCCUCAGGAGGCCAAGCCCAAGGCUGCCGUGCUGGCCGAGAUUAUCAGCCAUGGAUAUGUUCUCAGCGACAAGGCUCUUCAGCACGCUACCGAGCUGGAUCAGAAGCACGGAAUCUCGUCGAGAUUCUCAAAGUUCUUGACAGAUAUCGACACCAAGUACAACCUGUCGGAUCGUGCGACCUCUACAGCGCAGGCGGCGGAUCAGAAGUACAACAUUCGGGAGCACUUGCAAAACACACAUGGACUGAUGCACCGAUACUUUGAGAAGGCGCUGGACAACUCUGCGGGUAGCCAGGUGCGCAAGUUCUAUGCUGAUGCGAGCAAGACUGCUGCCGAUAUCCACGGCGAGGCAAAGAGAUUGGCAGCGAUCCGCGAAGGACAAAAUACCGGAAGCACUGUCGAGGGAGGUGCGACAACUGAAGGCACGUCGGCGGCGGUUAGCCAAGAUGAGAAGGCUGCGCCGGUCGCUGCGGGUGCUGCGGACUCUUUGAAUGCGACUCAGUAGGUUGUGAUAGCUUGGGUCAUGGUUAUUGUAUAAUUUGUUGCGAGAUAUGUAUAGUUAGUUGAAGAAAUAGGAUAUUUGUAUAUAGCGAGUAAGUGAAUGCACGUGCUCCAGGCAAUCUUCUGACGUAAUUACACUCUUGCCGCGCUCUUCUACCAGGUCCAUACCUACAAAGAGCUGAGAUUGAGAUUAGUUGAGUAUGAAUUGCAAUAUAUCUGAUAAUCUGCUGCCGAGAGAUUAACUGGAGAUAACUACGGCGCGGCCGGGAGCUGUCUGGCAUAAGUAAACAACGUACAGCCUUCCCAGGUUAUCUGAUCGUGGCCCAUCGCUGAACCUGAAACCAGCGCGAGUUUAUCAGCUGAG